ACAAUUGGUAGCAGCAGCUACCUGGUUUGGGAGGAUCUUACAGUAACCCUCACAACUGGCAGUGGCAAUACAGGGAAGAAGAAGAAGUGGUUGGUGAAUGGACUUUCUGGGUUUGCAGAGUCUGGUCGGAUCAUGGCGGUUAUGGGCCCGUCUGGCUCUGGCAAAUCCACCUUCCUCGAUGCUUUAGCUGGUAGCUUUUGUUUUCUGUAACACGAAUUUGUACAUGUUAAGUUGUCUAGCUUCUCGUCGUUUUCUGUGGUGAAUCAGGAAGACUGUCACCUCAAGCUGCCAUGGCGGGGAAGAUCCUGCUGCUGAGGGGCAGUGAGAAGAUGACCCGAAGCAGCUCCCUCAUCAGCUGCCGAGAUGUGUCUUACGUGACGCAAGAAGACGUAUUCUUGGGAACGCUGACGGUGAAGGAGACACUCUACUUCGGGGCUCGUCUUAGGCUGCCGGAACUCGCCAAGACGGAGCUCCACGAACUGGUCGACGAAACAAUGGCAAAGAUGGGGCUGGAAGAAUGCGCAGACAGCACCAUCGGGAACUGGCACCUGAGAGGGAUAAGCAGCGGGGAGAGGCGGAGGCUGAGCAUCGCCGUCGCGAUAUUGGCUCAGCCGCAGGUGCUUUGCUUGGACGAGGCCACCACGGGACUAGACAGCGCUGCCUCUUCCUUCGUCGUCCAGGCGCUGCGCAAUGUUGCUCGAGACGGCAAGAUCGUGGUUUGCUCCGUCCACCAGCCCACCGACGACGUGUUUCGACUCUUUGACGAUCUCCUGCUCAUCUCUGCUGGGGAGGUGGUCUAUUUUGGUGAAUCCCAUGGCGCUGUCAAGUUCUUUGCUGAUUCCGGGUUCCCCUGCCCGAUUAGAAGAAACCCGCCUGACCAUUUCCUUCGGUGCAUUGCACCGGAGUUCGAUCAAGUCUUAGCCGCUCUGAAGCAGACACAACGACUGAACUUUACCCUCUCAGCAGCAGAUGGCUUGCUGAACGGGACAACAGCAGAGACCAGAGCAACACUAGUGAAGAAGUACAAAUCGUCCAUUUUCGCAGACACUGCAAGGAAACGGAUUCAAGAACUUGAAUUACUACUGACUAGAGAGAUUGGGAAAAAGCAGUGCCAUCAAUGGUGGAACCAAUUCUGCACACUAACACAUCGCUCCAGCUUGCACAUGUGUAGAGACCUCGGUUACUACUGGCUCCGAAUAGUCUUCUUCAUCAUGGUGGCACUCAGCACGGGAACCUUGGAGUUUGACAUUGGGACUUCCAGUGCUGCAGUCAUAGCCAGAAGCAAGGUAGACGGGUUCCUAUAUGGCAUUAUGAUCAGCUUGUCCAUCGGCGGCUUACCUUUCUUCCUCGAUGAAAUCAAGGCCUUGCGCGGAGAGAGGCAUGGAGGGCACUACGGCGAGGCUGUAUAUGUGCUGUCCAACUUCCUCUCCUCGUUACCUUUCACCAUAUUCAUAUCCUUCUCAUCAGGAUCCAUACUAUACAGCAUGGUGAAGUUCCAUCCGGGUUUCUCGCACUUGCUCUACUUCUGCAUCAACCUUUUCUUCAGCAUCUCCGUCUCAGAAGCCUGUGUCUUUGUCACUGCUUCUCUCAUAUCCAAUCCAUUGCCCGCCAUGGGUGCUGCUAUUGGUGUCACCGUAAGUUUAACAAAUCACACCUAUACUAGUCAUCUGUAUCAUCCAAAGAACCAGCUAAGCCAUGGUAACAGACCAGAACUGCAUUGUUUAUUUGCAGGUGCUCAACCUAAUGGCCUCUAUGGUCAUUCGACCACUACCCGACACUCCUAAGAUCUUCUGGAGGUACCCUUUGUCCUACAUCAGUUAUGCAGCUUGGGGAACACAGGGCAAUCUGAAGAAUGACAUGAUGGGACUGAAAUUCAAUUCUGAAAUACCUGGACGGCCGAAGAUAACUGGCGAAUCCAUUCUGAAGAACACUUAUGGCAUGAACCUGAGAUACUCCAAGUGGUGGGAUGUAGCAGCUCUCUUCUGCUUGCUACUAGCUUACAGGGUACUCCUAGUCUUUAGCCUUCACUACAAGCAGAGAAUAUCGACUCCAUUACAGAGAAUUUACCCCAGGAGAGGUCUCAAACCCACCAAGAUUCCGCAAGCUUAACUGAAGAAUGAACAUUGGAACCCUUAUGCUAAGUUGUUUGAACUGAAAUGACUGUCAAAAUUAUGAACUUUACUGUGUGAUGCGAAACUUACAUGCUGUGAAAUGAAAUACCCGGAAGCGGGCCUCGUUUUUCUAUCGCCAUUAGCAAGCAGUGAGAUGAGAAGGCGGAAUGAAUUGCCGUGUCGUAAACCGAAACUUGAAGCAAUCGACGUUGUUUCCAAUUUCAAGGAGCUUAACACCGUAGUCAGCUUUCGAUUUCGUAGAUCUAACGCUUGGUGGUUUAUCAGCCAUGAAUGACGAUUAAGCCUAAUUCUGCAAUUUGGCUUCCCGCUCGAUAGUCGAUACCGCCGAUGGUGUCUUCAUCUCCGAUCACCGCAACGCUUCUUCGUUCGGCGCCAUCGUGAAAACAGAGAAAGUAAGCACAAAGGAGAGGGCCGGGCCGGGCCCAAUGUGCCAAACUUGAAAGGGCCGAAAGACUGGGCCGGGGUUCA